AUACAGAACAUGUACAUGUUCGAAGACUUGAUCCAGUCAUGAUGAAUUAUGAAACCAAGUCCAACCCAAUUUGAUUCAAUAGAUUGAUUAUUCCACCAGUCACAUUUGAGCAAAAGCCAAAUGUCGGCAACACAAACCUUCUUCACACGACAACAAGAAACCAAAGGAGUAUGUUUUUGUGCAAUCUAUUGAAUCAAGAGCAUAUUAGAGAAGAGAACCAAUUAUAUGUAUGUUUUGUGCCCAGUUUUGUGCCGAGAACAAAUAUGAUAAUCUAAAAAAAUAAAUUAUUAAUGGCAUUGAAUUGAGUACAAGUGAAAGUCAACGUUACGAGCUGUUACGAUGAUUCAGUAGCUUUCCAUUGAUGAAUCAAGUUCAUCUUACCUUUCAAUGCCGCACUGUCCUUGCUUUAUGCCCGCUUCUCAAGAGGCCUCUCUCGGCGACGACUCUCAUCCACAUCCUUCCACAGAAGGUGUGGCCUCCUCCACUUUUAACCUCAGCCGCGAGUUGGCUCACGCUUUUCAAACUCCUUCCAACAACGACAGACGUUCACGGCUUCUUGAGAUUGACCCAACUCCAGAAAAUCUCGAGCUGUUUCUCUCUCAAGAGCUCAAACCAAACAAAGAAAGAGUUCAAGAAGCUCUUAAAGACGCCAAGCAAACUCCACUCACCCAGCUCGUCUCUACUUACUUCCAACACAGCGAAGAUGCUACCCGCCUUUGCUUGAAUCUUUACCAGAACGUCCACAGUGCCCGCUUCCACCUCUACACACCUCUCUUAGAACUCUUCAGCGGUGACCCUGCCAUUGACGAGUCCUUCUGUAACUUAGCAUUCGAUGUUUUUCUUAAGCUCGACACUUUUGAAAACCCUUUCUCAUCUCCUGAAUCUUUCAGCUUUCGAGACAUCAAAUUAUGCAUUAACCAGCUGAAGGACAAGCUGGACACCCGUCUCUGUAAGUCUAAGUCACGGGUCCGCCACCUCCACUAUGCCACAGCUGGUUCUGCCUUAUGUCUUGUUACUGCUGUUACUGCUUCUGCGGUUGUUAUCGCCUAUCAUGCACUGCCCACCCUUCUUGUUGUUGCAGGUCCCUUGUGCAGUCCUUACCUCCCUCUUAGUUUCAAGAGGAAGGAGUUAACUAACAUUUCUCAGCUCAAUGCUGCUGCCAAGGGUGCUUUUGUGCUCAACAUAGAUCUUGACACCAUUGACUGUCUUGUCUCUCGUUUGCACAUGGGGAUCAAAAACGACAAGCUUCUCAUUCGGCUUGGAUUGGAGAGGGGGAGGGACAUGUAUUCAAUUCAGGAGUUUGUGAAACAGCUUCGCAAGAGCCACGUUAACCAGACCCAUCAACUCGAUGUUCUUGUGGCUCAUAUUUGCCGCUCGUUCAGUAAUGUUAACAAAUUCAGAUCUUUGCUCCUUAACGAAAUCCUUACUCCCAGAGCCUAAGCUCCUACUGCCAUCUCUGAGUCAAUCAAAUCAAGAUCACAAAGGUCAGUUGGUGUUUUGAGCGUCAGUUGGUUUUUGAGUCUAUGUAAGAGGACCACAUCAACGAGGCUGGAUAUAUAUAGUAGAUGUUGAGCUAUCUGUAGCUGGGAAUAGACUUUUUGGGUCCUUCAAUAAAAUUGUUCAUAGACUUGCCUGACUUAAGUUCGAUAUUAGAUGUUGUAUUGGUUCAUAUCAUCAUAUAUUGAACAAUUCUAUUGGUAAAUUCAAAAGUUUUUCACUUCAAAUAGCUGUUUCACAAAAUAUAUAUGUUUGAAGACUAAAAUCAAGUCAUGAAGAAAUAUGAAACCAGGUCAUCCCCAAUUUUACUCGAUCUAGAACAGGUAGUGUCAUCUUUGAGAAAAAAGCCAAAUUGUGUCACUCAAUACAAACCUUCACACGACAA